AUAUGGAGGAUUUUGUUGGUCGUAUAAGGGAGAUUCGUGAUAUCUCCCAUAUUUUGUUUUCCCCAUCAUCAACAAAAAGGGCUGUCAUUUUGUAUGGACUGAAAGCAGUUGGAAAGUCCUCUGUAAUUCGACAGAUAUGCAGCAAGGUUAAAGAUUUUCAAGUCUACAGUGCAGAUUUAAGGAAUGCUGAAGAGCCAAUCAAAAAUCUGGAAUUUCUAUUUUCGACAAUUUUAAACGAAAGAAAGCACCUUCCUGAUGAAGAGAAUAUGGAAGAAGUAUUUGAAAAAUUGCUUGAAAAACUCUGUUCCGAACUCAAAGUGUCCAAAACAAAAUAUCUCAUUGCUCUAUAUAAUAUUGAAGGCGUUAUAGAGGAUGGAAGGUCUAAAUACUUGGAAAAGGUGUUUCAUUUGGUUGUAAAUCUUGACAACGUACGAAUCUUAGCAACUUCAACGGCAGAACUUGAAGUCAAUCACCCUCAAGUUUUCGAAAUGGUAUUGGAUCCACUGUCAUUGAAAGACUCGCAAGACAUGCUUCGAAAGCUUUGUCCAUCUUUGAAAAACGACGAAAAGUUCUACAAAAUAGUAGAUCUAUGUAUGGGGUUACCUCUUGCUCUUAAGAUGGUUGCAACAGAGAUUGCUGCCGGUAUAUUAACAGUGGAAGAUAUAGUUUAUCUGCUGAGCCAGUGUCGACUGAAACUUUUAAGCCAAGAAUACUAUCCAAGCACAGAUAGACUGGCACCAAUCUAUCUCACCUUUCUUCAGCGGCUCUCUGAACCCCUACAAGAGAAAUUAUCCAUGAUAAAUUAUAUUCCAGGAACAUUUAAUGAGAGGGAAGCAAUGGAGAUGAUGGGACGUGAAUGUUCAGACAUUGAGGACCUGAAAACAGUGAUAAAACACCACAUUAUUCAUAAAAACAGUAACUUCCAAAGGUUAGACAUUCACGGAAUUUUGCGAGACUGCAUAACUGAAUACAUUCUGAUAAAGGAUUUACCCGUUGUACGUAUCAGGUUUUGUAAGGUCUUUUCAGAGAUCCUUCAAGAGUUGGAAAACAGGACUUUUACGUACGAGUACCAGGCCGCGCUUUGUCAAUUGAAUUUGGAGCAACAAAACUUCAAUAAAUUGUUUACAGAUGUGUUCCACUGUACCGGUGAUACCUAUGAAAACUUUGUCAAUAUUGCCUCGUUUGAGUUUAACAUGGCCACACCUGCUUUCGUGUUUAAUUCUCCUGAAACAUAUGAAAUGGGAAUGGUUUUCUACCAGGAAUGCUUGCGUCUUACACGAAAACAAAGAAAUGAGUACGAUGCAUCGCGAGUACUUAUUGGGUGGGGGCGUGUUGUAACAAAUAUCAAGGGAGACUAUAUUCUUGGUGAAAAGCAUUACAGAAGUGCCCUGAGAAUAAGGGAAUGUGCUGUUGGAAAAAGCGACUUUUCUCUGGCUUUGCUGUAUCAGGGACUUGGCUGGAAUCUAGGAUGUCAGGGAAAAUCACAGGAAGCCAUAACAUUUCUCGAAAGAGCUUUAAGCACAGAGUUGGAAUUAGGGAUGAAUUUAGAAAAUCUUAUCCUGAAUACCUUCCAAACACUCGCUUUAUUCCAUCUGGAUCUAGAUCAUAUGGAAAUUGGUGAGAAGUAUCAAAAGGAAGCAUUACGGCGCAGGCGGCUUGCUAUUGGGACAGACAUACACCCAAUAAUGGGAUCCAUGAUUAACAACGUUGGAGAAAUGUAUCUGAAGAAAGCUGAUUUGGAACAAGCAGAAAUACAUUUUAGACGUGGACUAGAAAUAAAGAUUCAAACAAAUGCUGCAGUGAAAAGUAUAGUGUUGUCCGAGAUUAAUUUAGCAAAUUUAAUGACGGACACCGAAAGGGUUGAAGACGCCUUUGACCUCUUACAUAGUAGUCUGAAUCGGAUAGAAAAUCUCCAGGGUAUUUAUAAAGAUGUUAAAUCACUUGUUCAUGAAUCGUUCGGCAAAGCUUAUACCGCGAAAGAGAAUUAUACCUCUGCUUCACACUCCUUUCGAAAGGCCAUUGAAUGCCUUGAGGACAGUCAGCCAAGUGAUCUCGGUUUACUCAAUUUGCAGUGUGAGUUGGCCGAGAGUCUGACAAGUCUUGCGAAAUACGAAGAGGCAAUAAAUGUAAUUGAAUCUUCUUUACGAAAUAAGGAAGAGGCGAUAAAAAAUAAUCCAUCAACACUGGUAGUGCUUCGUUGUUACAAUAUCAUCAGGAAAGCUCAAAUUGCAAAUGGUCUUGCCCCUGAUGCCCAAGAAUCAGAAAAAUUAGGUCUCGUUGAAUUCACGCGCUUAAAUAACUUGUUUCAAGAUCUUAAAAACAAGAGAAGACUUAAAAUACUUAAAAAGGAAUCGGAGUUGUACGUCAGAGAAAAGGAUGAGGAAGGAAAAUGAUGAUUUAAUUACUAUUGUUCGUAGACAAUGACGUUUUUGUCAAAGUGUAUGGUCCUUGAUAUAUAUGUAUGGUUUACCAAAAUAUUUGAA